AUGAUAUCAGAUUGUUUCUCCUCGGACCUCUCCAGCCAACAGUUCAUCAUCACGGGGCCACCGAUCGGCAAAUUUUCCCCGUACCACAAACCUGCCGAGUUCCGUCUCGAACAGCGGCCCGCCCGCCAGGCUGUCUCACCAUGGCGCCCACCCUCAACCCUCCCGCAAGCCGUCUCCCGGCCGCUCCUCGCGCGCCAAGACCAACCCACCACCACCGUCAUCAUCGACGCCGACCCGCCCAACAACGACGGCCCCACCACCAACCCGGGCCUCGACGGCGGCGCCAUCGCCGGCAUCGUGAUCGGCACCGUCGUCGGCAUCCUGCUGCUGUGGUGGAUCAUCCGCUCCUGCACGCGGCCGCGCGACGCGCCCGACCCGGGCCGCCAGGGCUGGUACGACGACACCGUGCCGCCGGCGGUGCGGGCCCGCUCGCGGUCGAGGUCCGCCGGCCGCCAUCACCACCACCAUUAUGACCAUCACCAUCACCACGCCUCGCGCCGCAGCGGCAGCCGCCAUCACAGCCGGAGGCGCUCGUCCACCCCGCGCCCGGUGAUGGUCGAGGAGCACUAUGCUGGCGCGCCGGUCAGGCCGGCGCCAGCGUAUUAUGCGGCGCCGGCUGAGGGUCGGCGGUCGAGGAGUCGGUCGCAGGGGAGGUACUAUGUUAGUGGGUAG